GUUCUUUCAAAAGGCGAGUUUAUUGCUUGUUUUUCAGUCAGGUGUUUAGUACGACGUAUUCGAAUUCUUAUCGGCCUGCUCUCAGUGAUGUAAUAAUUAUUUCUUGUGUCCGUUAUACGAUUUUGGGACAGCUUUGUUGUGACAAACUAGUACGCUCUUACACACAUAUUGACUUAACCAGCCUUAAAGAUGUUGGUACUAAAAAUUAACUUUCAUUGAUGUUUUUAAUAGUUGCUAUAUGUUUCCUUAUAUUGGAUCAGCAUCAUAUCGUGAACUAUCAAUGUUUACCUAUUAACUACCAAACUCAUGACGUUAAGGCCAGUUAUAUCUACCAAAUCUUACGAUAGUAAGAUUCCCAACUUAAUUAUCGCCGUUAUUUGGCAUUUUGAAACUGAUCACUCCUAUUCUUCAUUAAGUAUAUUUUGUUUGAAAUUUGUACUCUAGGUUUUCGACACUCACACUCAACUAGGGUUCGAAGUCGUCGGUAGUUUUUGACAAGGUUAAUAGUGUAUCAAAGCCCUGUUUUCUAGUAGCUAUAAAAUACAUUGCCGAUUGGGAGAGCGGGAAAUUUGUAGGGGUCAACUCCAAGUGGUGAAUAUUCAUGUUAGAUUGAGGUCUGAUGCAUCAUGACUGGUUGGGUAAAAAGUGUUACAGAUAUCUGGUUCGAAAUAAUCAGGUUUAAUUAAGAAAACCGACUCAUUUGUGGCUCGGCAAUAUUUAUUUUGUUUGCUCUGGAAACAAACUAACAGAGAUGCACAAACCGCUUGUUUUAUUUGUUUUUCUCCUACUCUUCUUUUAUUAAGUGUAGUACAUAUUUUUUUAUAUGGUAAACUGAAAUCAAGUUUCAGUCGAUUGGUUUUGCUCCAUUUUAUUGGUGUUGUGUAAUAAGUAUUGGUUUCGAGCUUUCUGUCUAAAUAACAAACAGGAGCUUACGAUAUCAGGAAUCCUUAUAGUUUUAUGGUAUUUCAAACUCUAGAUGACUGAAAGUCGUUUUCCGACUGAUAAAAGAAUUGUUUACAUCUCUCCUAAAGAGCUUUCCAGUCUGUCAACAGAUGGACCGAUUUAUGUACUAUCAACUGCAGAAAACCCAGAACUCAUCCAUUCAGCAAGUUGUAGUUCAACUGAACUUGGUGCAUCUAGCCAGGAUUCAUCUUCGAUCACUUGUUCAACGUUUGGUUCGACUUCAACUUCAUCUACCAACAGUUCAAAUUAUUUUAAUAACACAUUAGUUCCAUAUUCAUUCCCUUAUCAUGCUAACAUUCCAUAUCCUACUCCUGUGGUUUCAACAAACUUAAUUCUUCCUUAUGGAUUCUGCCCUCCUUUUCAACUUCCACCUUUUGUCGGUUCACAACCAGUUUCAUGGGUAGCACCUGCUUUCCCAAACCACACUUUAUAUCCCCCAAGUACCAAUUUAUUCCCAGAAUCUGCUCAGUACAUUCACCCCUACCAAAAUCUCCCUACUUUCCAACCGAAUGUCCCACCAAAUUCAUACUUUCAAACAUUCAAUCCGCACAAACCAAUUCCGUCUUUCAGUUUACCUCAGGUAACUUCGAAGUCCAGCAACGCCGUUCUCAUUCAUAAUUCUGCUGCAGUUGUUACUAAUAAUAAUACCGUUACAUGUGUCGCGAGUACUAUGAAUACCAACAAUACCAAACAUUCUUGUUCAUUCAAUCGAUCAAACGAAGAAAAUGGAUUUUCAGAACCGAAUAACUUUAAAAGUGAAUCAACGUCAUCAAAACAAUCGCAUCCUCUACGAUAUACCAAACUGAUCUACGCUUCGGAACUUGAUUACUUUGCUUUUGACAGUAGUACUGGAUCGUAUGUAGCUACACGUCAACUUAUUGAUUUGGAAGAUCGAUUUGAAAAUGAGGUGAUCGCUCGACGUCAUCGCGCUACUUUAAAUGAUCCAGUAAGACAGCCUCCUGAACGUCCUGCAUUGUCGGAUACUGAGCAUCGACGUAAUUCCCGUGCUUCACAUCUUCAUCGUUCGAAAAAGUCGACCCACAAAUGUGAUACAGUGAAUUCAAUGUUUGACAAUAAUUCCGAUAAUGAUGAUGACUACUUGGCGGCUAUCGGUGAUAACGCAGAAACUUCAAAAGAUGCUUGUUUAUCGACUGAAUCUAGAAAUAAGAACUUAUCCAUCGAUCAUACAAAACAUUCAAAAUCAUCAUCAUCUAACUCUCAUCAUCAUUUACGUAAACAUAAAGUCAAUAAUUAUGAAUCUAUUUGUGCAUCUAAUAAUAGUAUUAAUAACACGAGUAAUAAUAGCAUUUUAAAUUCUGAUUAUCACACUGUCAGUGGCCAUUCCAUAGGUCAACGUAGUAUAAGGCAACAACGUGAAGUCGCUUAUAAAAUUGAACAUCCUAAUCGUUUACAUCCUGAUAUUUGGCAUAAUGAAGCUAACGAGUUCAAUGAUGGUCCAGCUUGUUCUUGUAAACCGAAAUAUCGUAUUGGACCAUUACACAAUCAAUACGAAGGUGAACAGCCCAUUCCGCUAUGUAUUCCAGAAUCAAAUAAUCAUGAUCGUCUUUAUCAUUAUCGUGUGAUUAUAUCACCGACAACUAAUUUUGUUCAACCAAACCCAUCGAAAAUUACUCAUAAUGAACAUGAUUAUCUAUUUGAUGGUUUCUCACUGUUUAUGCAUUAUAAAUUAGAUAAGCCACCUCCAUGUCAAGUUCUACGUUUCAAUCUGUUAUAUGAUAUUUUCCCGAUUGAAGAGGAAUUCCCUCAGUAUUUUACUGUUCGUUCAUUAGAUCUACUCACACAAUAUGUAUUCAUAGAAUUACUGGAGUUGUUAGAUUUAAACUGGAAACCAUAUGGAGCAAAGGAGAGCUGUAAUGUGAUACAUUUAAUGCCAAGAUUUAUACGUAUUUUGUCAAAUACUGCUACUACUACCAAUGAUAAUUUUUCGAUUACAAAUACUGCCACUACUACUAACAAUAGUAUUUCAAUAGAUAACAGUAAAGAACAUAAUAUCGAGUCAAAUAAAUUAAUCGUUUGUAUCGAUGAUAGUAGUGAUAAUAAUACAGUAAUUGGGGAAUUACUACCCGUUCAUGUAAUAAUGCGACACUGGUUAAAAGAGGCACUGACUCCGGUAAUUAAUAUGAUGGAAUUAUCUUCAAUACAGCGUAUGACUACAAUUGAAUGGUCAAAUCAUAUCGCUAAUUUACGAGGCACAUUAGCUUGCUUUCCAGGCAAAAAACCAUCAACUAUACGCAUAGAUCAAUUAGAUCGUCAAUCUGUAACAGGUCAAUCAAAUAAAACCAUAUUAAUUUAUCCACUCAUAGUACACAUGACUUAUACACCAAUGAAAUUAAGUUUAACGCGUGAACCAAAGUAUAAAUCUGUACUUAAAAAUUUUAUGAAAUUACAAUAUUUAAUGAUGAAUAAGCCAAGAAUUAGCACUUCUGAUCGUGUACAGUUGGUACAAUUAGCCAGUGAAUUAGAAGAGAUGGAGCAUUCUGGGGUACAUCGACGUGAAGUUACUGUAGAGAUUAGUUGUGAAGGCUUUUAUCGAACUGGAAUACGACCAGAUAUACCACAAUAUGCAUUGAAUUUAGUCUCAUUAAUAGCUCACCUACGUUUUCAUAAAUCGUUGGAAAGUUUGGAGAAUCGUUUGGGAUAUACAUUUAACGAUAAGUCUUUACUACAUCAAUCCCUUACUCAUCCAUCAUAUCGGCGAACAAAUUUCGGUACAAAUCAAGAUCAUUUUCAAAAUUCAUUGGUUAGUUGCGGUCCACGUAUUUUAGAAUAUGGUGAUAAGCUAGAAUUAUACAAGGCAUGGCGUAAAAAGGGUUUAACUAAAAUGAUACAAGUUAUGUCAUUUUUACCAAAAAUGAAUGAAGAACGAUCGAAUAUUUAUGGCAAUGAACGAUUGGAAUUUUUAGGCGAUGCAGUUGUUGAAGUUAUCUCCAGUAUCCACUUAUUCUUCAUGUUCCCUGAAUUAUCCGAAGGUCAUUUGGAUGCGUACCGUCAAGCCAUCGUUCAAAAUCAACAUUUAGCUGAAUUAGCUGUUCGUCUUGGCAUUCAUAAAUACUUGUUGUAUACUCAUAGUGUAGACUUUUGUUAUGAUUCUACAUUUAUCUACGCUCGAUCUGAUGCAUUUGAAGCUUUAAUGGCUGCAAUCACUUUAGACGCUGGACUUGAUAUUGUUGAUAGAAUAUUUGGUGCUGUUCUAUUUGGUGAUGAUGAAAGAAUUCAUCGUGUUUGGGUACAAAUCCCAUUGCAUCCAUUACAAUCACAAUGCCCUGAAGGUGAUCGAUCAUGGGCAACAAAAGUCCCUAUGCUAAAGAAAUUGUGUACAUUAGAAGAUACUUUGGGCAUAAAAUUUAAACACCUACGUGUUCUUGCUCGUGCUAUGACUAUACGGAAAACUGGUUUUAAUUUUUAUACAUUGGGAGAUAAUCAACGUUUAGAAUUUCUUGGUGAUUCUUUGUUAAAAUAUGUGUCAACAGAUUAUUUAUUUCGACAUUUUCCACGACAUCAUGAAGGACAUUUAUCACUGUUAAAAAAUUCACUAGUGAAUAAAUAUACACAGGCAUCUGUAUGCAGUGAGUUAGGCUUAGAAAAUUAUGUUAUACGUCGUGAAGAUAAUAGUAUGCAUAAAUACGAUUGCAAAAUUAAUAAUAACAAUGAUUCUACUAAUAAUAACAUAUCGAAACAUUCAAAUCCGUCUUGGAAUACUACUUAUAUAAGUAGUCAAAAUUCAAAUAUACUCAAAUCUAAACAAAAUAAAAAAGGUGGUCAAAAAGAAGUUAUUAAUUCAGAUGGAAAUAAAAAUGGCAAUUGUAAUAAUCCACAAAAUCAAAAUGUAAAAUACAGAGCUGAUUUAUUGGAAGCAUUUAUUGGUGCAUUAUUUGUCGAUAAAGAUUUAACAUGGGUUGAACGUUUUUGUCAAAUAUGUUUUUGGCCACGUCUUGUUGAGUUUAUUUUAAAACAAGAAUGGAAUGAUGCCAAAUCAAAAUUACAACAAUGUUGUCUCACAUUUCGUUCAUUAAAUGAAGAUCCAGAAAUUGCACAUUAUAAAGUUUUAGAACAUAGUGGGCCAACUAACCAACGUGUUUAUCGUGUUGGUGUUUAUUUUCGUGGUCAACGAUUAGCAACUGGUGAAGGUCGGUCUGUUCAACAAGCUCAAAUGGAAGCAGCUAAAAAGGCAUUGGAAUUACAUCAAGAUACAUUUCGUCAAUUGGAUUUUCAACGUUCAGUUAUUUCAAAACGAUAUAAACAACCUUAUAUUAAUAAAAUAUUGGAUCAAGUACAAAAUUGGGAUGAACAAUUAGUGGAAUAUUUUAUUUCAGAUAAACCUACAUCUACAACAGUUAUGUCCACCUUGACUUCAAAUACUACUACGAAUAAUAAUAAUAAUAAUAAUAAUAAUAAUAAUAAUAAUAAUAAUAAAAUUACUCCUAUAAAUACUUACAGAAUGAAUAAUAGUGAAAACCAAACAAUGAAACGAUCAUUUCUACCAAACCAUAACAAUGAUAUCAAUGGAGAAGAAUUAUUAUUGUAUAGAAGUACUAAACGUCGUUGUUUUGACAAAAACAUUCCUAAUCAAAAUGCAUGUACAAAUGAAAAAACAUCAUAUCUCUCCGCCGUAUCAUCAACAUCAAGAUAUGGCACUUCCCCUUCAAUAUAUCUAUCAUCACAGACGUCAACUUCAACUAAUAAUAAUGAGGAAGAUGAUAUUGCAAUGAUCGACAGUAAAACAGAACAACUGAACGCGGUGGAAGACAUAGAAAAAGGGAACGAAUUGUUUGUUGUAAUAAAUCACAACGACAAUGAUGACGUCGAAGACAAUAUAAACGAAAAAGAUGAGGAGGAAGAAGGCGAGAUUGUAGAAGACGAUGAUGAUGAUGAUUUUUGUGAUGAUUCUAGUAAUGAUAUUCCGAAUGAGAGACAUUAUAAAUAUAAAUUACUUUUAAAAUGAAAAAAAAGACAAAACAUUGGAACACUGUGUAUCUUAAUCGUUGUAAAUACUACUAUUAAUAAAAGUAAUAAUGACAGAUGCCAACCCUGACUAAGUAGUCGAAUGCAUUUUACUCUCUUUUCAUUUGUUCGGCCUUUUCUUUUCGUAAAGUCAACGAAUUAUACGAAUUUUCCUUCUUGCUUAACUUAGAAAAAUUCAUUUCUUAUUGACGGAAGAAAGUGGUCAAUCAAAGUUGAACUACUGUUUUAUAUUUUUACGAACUUAAUUAUAUCACGCAAUUUUGAAUUGUAGUUAUAUAUAUAUAUAUAUAUAUAUAUAUAUAUAUAUAUAUAUAUCGCUGUGAAGGAAUUUGUCAUUCUUAAAAGACAUUCAUAAUCUUAAUAUACAAAUAGUGCAGUUUCAUAAGUGAUUGUUUAAUAGUAAUUGAAAUGUGUUGGGGACGAUAUAUCCCGAAAACUCAUAGUUUGUAAUUUUGUCUUUGUGGAGCUUGUAUGCAGAUGUAUGCGUGGGCAUUCCUUACCACCCACGCACAUAGUUGAUUGAUGAACUUAUCGAUUAAAUGUUUAAAUAUAUCAAUGGCAAUCAAUUGACGAACUUAUCGGUUAAAUGUUUAAAAGCUCCAGAGCAAUAUCGAUAUAUAUUUGUAUAUAUACGUUUUAAAUUGUGUUUGGUGCUCGCUCGUUUUUUGGCUGUUUGCAGAAUAUAUUUUCCAUACCAAGCUUGGACUUCUCCUUCUAGGCCCCCGAAUGCCCUGGUACGGCCGAGAGUGGGGAGAGUCCGCUCUUCCUCUCGAAAUGCUCUCACACGGCCGCGCGUACACAGCCUCUGCCAGGGAAGUCCUACUCACUGCCUUCUCGUGGCGGGGGUGUUGUUUACGGAAAUGAGAGGACGAAAAGCGAAUGUCCGGCGCUUUAACCGGAUCACAAACCAAUGGUGUACAUGGGCUCCAGUAUCCAGUGGGAACAAAUGGCGUAUGAACCAAUCGUUGGUCACCGGCUACUAUGGGAUUGCAUCUCCUUACGAUGCUCCACUGCCUUGUGGGUUAGACCUUCAGGUCAAAGGCUCGGGGAGUGGCCCCCUAAGUUAACCACCUGAUUCGGUUUGGGCACCCGGACAGUAUCACAGCCCACACACAAAUGAUGAACUCUUUAUGUCUAUGGAAAUUACUUUUCUCGCUUUGAAAAACAAACAAUUGAUUCAAAUUAUUAUCAUUACAAUUAUUGUCAUUAUUAUUACUAUUAUUAUUAUUAUUACUAUUACUAUUAUUAUUAUCAUUUUCCACAUUAUUCACCCUCUUUUAUACUUCUACAGUGGCUCGUCUUUGGUGGAAAUUUGACUGUAUCUAAACGUUCUCGAGUCACUGUCCGGUUGAAAAUUGUGUUACCACCGAAUACGAGAACUGAAGCAGUUUUUCUGAAACCACGUGCACCAUUCAUACUGGCUGCCUUCAACGUUCGCACAUUUCUGCAGGUCGGACAACAGAUAGGGCUGGCUAUGUCUUUGGAAAGUCUUAAUAUUGAUGUUUGUUGUCUAUUCGAGACCCGUAUUCAAGACUCUGGUGAAGUACUACAAAUUCGCUCUCUAUCUGUCGCUUCGAAAAGCUUGUUUUACGUGCGCUUAUCCGGGGACCCUGUGGCAUCUUCGUCUGGUCUUGCUGGCGUUGGUGUCGCACUAAGCGCUAGAGCUGAGGCAGCACUAGUCGAUUGGAUCCCCAUUAACAGUCGGUUAUGUGCUGUUAGAUUAGAAAGUUCCAUCAAAGUGAGAAGAAAUCGGCGUGAGAAACGAUGUCUUUUCGUCAUCUCCACCUAUGGCCCGACAGAUUGCAGCCCGGAUGCAAUCAAUGAUGAAUUUUACCACCAGUUAUCUGUUCUUCUCCAGAAAGUGCGUUCGACAGAUAUUGCAGUGCUAGCCGGAGACUUGAAUGCUCAGGUCGGGCGUCUAGGCACAGAAGAGAGUCGUUUAGGUGGUCGAUGGGGACUCGUUGGUCGCAGGUCAGAUAACGGGGACCGUCUACUGCAACUGUCUUGGACGAUGGGCAGAAUUUUUCGAAGGGCAGUUCAACUGGCCUGCUGCUCCGGCAACAUCGGUCAGACUGUCCUGCCCUCCAUGGCCGGUGACGACUGAUCCACCAAACGAGGAGGAAGUCCGCAAGGAACUCCAACUCUUGAAGCGUUACAAAUCACAUGGCCCAGAUGACUUACCUCUGGCUCUUUUUAAAGAUGGUGGUGACUUUUUGACUAAGGGACUGACGACGUUGUUUACAAAGGUUUGGUAACUAGAGAGUGUACCAACGUCAUGGAAUGAGUCGAUAGUUGUCCCUAUCUUUAAAAAGGGUUCACGUCGUUCCUGUAACAACUAUCGGGGGAUAAGUCUACUUCCGAUUGCGUUCAAGCUAUUGGCUUCCUUCAUACUUCGUAGGUAGUUCAAACCCGUGAAAGAUUGACUCGCGAGAAGCAGGCUGGGUUUCGUUCUGGUCGAGGAUGUAUUGAUCAUAUUUUCACCCUCCGCCAAAUGUUAGAACACCGCCAUACUUAUCAAAGGCCAACAAUCGUAGUGUUUCUUGACAUCAGGGCUGCAUUCGAUUCGUUGGACAGGACUGUUCUCUGGGAUUGUCUAUUGAAGAAGGGUGUGCCUGAGAAGUUUAUUUACAUCCUAAAAGCCCUAUAUAAAAACACCUCAGGCAGAGUGAGGGCAUACAACCACCUCUCUCCAUUGUUCCAUUCGAGCAGUGUGGUUAGGCAGGGUUGCCCAAUCUCACCAUUCCUCUUCAACUUUGCCAUCGAUGACAUUCUGGGAACAGCUCUGAUGGAUGUAAGUGAUGGUGGUGUGAAUCUGCUGCCUGGAGAAAGACUCCUCGACCUUGAGUAUGCGGAUGAUAUUGUCUUACUGUGCGAUAAUGCCCAAGGCAUGCAAUCCGCACUUAAUCAGUUGGCAAUCAGUGUCCGUAGGUAUGGUAUGUGCUUUGCACCUUCGAAGUGCAAAGUACUCCUACAAGACUGGCAGGAUUCCAAUCCUGUACUCACCCUGGAUGGUGAGCAGAUAGACGUAGUCGAGAAGUUCGUGUAUCUGGGUAGCUGCAUAAGUGCUGGUGGGGGUGUGAGUGAUGAGAUCAAUGCACGAAUAGUGAAAGCCAGAGCGGCUUAUGCCAAUCUGGG